UUCGAGCGCACAACGUUGGCGGCGCGGUUGAAAAAUCAAAAUCAAAAUCAAAAGCUUAGCCACAGUGCGUACUCGCUAAGUUGAUACCACAGAGCGUGUGUGUUAAAUGUGUGUUUGUUUGCGUGUGUUUAAGUGUUGGAGCGCGUUGUGCAGACAUGAAGUGAAUAAGAAAUUGGAAAAGCACUAAUAAAAAAAAAACACACACAAAACGCUAAAGAAAACGCAAAGAAACGUGUUGAAGCCAAUGAGCAAACCAGCGACCAGCAACAACAACAGCAACAACAGCAACAACAGCAACAACAGCAACAACAACAGCAACAACUAACAACAAGAUGCACACAACGGCCACAGAGGAAUAUGUGGCGCCAACGCAGCUGAGGCUCAGCAUGGAUUUGGGUAUUUCCAAUAACGUUAUUGAAAUGGAAACAAAUCUGCAAAUGCCUGGCAAAAAUUGCACAAAUAAUCAACAACGACGUGGACGACGACGACGAGCACGGAGCGCACAAUAUGCAGCCGGAGGAGUCUCUGGCAUUUUUUGUUGGUCCAUCAAUUUGGCCAUUUUGAUUUUCCUGGCACAUAGCACGAAUGCCGUGCCCACCGACAGCAGCAGCAGCAGCAGCAGCGGCAGCAGCAGCGGCAGCGCAUCCGCCACAAUUGUCAUGGUCGCGGUCACGCCGAGCAGCAUCAGUUCCAGCGCCAGCAGCAGCACCGAGACGUUGGCGGAGCAGCAGCAGCCGCAGGGCCAAUGUCUGCUGGACGGGCUCUGGGUGCCGGAGACGACGGUGCACUGCGAGAAGCAGACGAGCUGCCGCGCCAUCCAGCGCACAGGACACUGUUGUCCCGACUAUAAAUGCGAUUGCGAAAAGGAUGGCAAAACUUAUGCGAAUGGCGAUAAAUUGGUUGAUCCGGAUACACCUUGCACCGUCUGCUACUGCAAAGGUGGUGAAAUUGUGUGCAGCUCGGUGACCUGUUUCCGACGCGACGAUUGCAUGCCCAAAUACGUGACUGGCCGCUGCUGUCCGGAGUACGACAAUUGUCCCAUUCUGGACAACAAUCCGCCGCUGAGCAGCGAAUCGAGUAGCGCGACGCCGGCAACCGCGAAGCCUGCGCCGGCUGCACAGCCCGCUGGCUUCAAUUGGAACAUAACCAUCAAGGAGAUUACCAAGCCGACAGAGAUACGCAUAACGGAUGACAAUCACAAGCUCAAGCAGACGAUACCCACACGAAAAGCGGCCAACACGGAGGCGCCGCCAACAGCAACAACUGCAACAACAGCAGCAGCAGCAGCAGCAGUUGCUGAUAGCACGACAGCAGCAGCAACAGUUGCUGAUAGCACAACAGCAGCAGCAGCAACAGCUACGGCAACAACUGAAGCCACAGCAACAACAUCUCCAGCAGCAGCAGCAGCAACCAGCAGCACUGAGACGGCGGCAACACCAACGCGAAGCUUUGCGGUUAGCAAAGACAACAACCCGAAAGCACUUCCAGUCAAUGGUAGCGAGAGCUUAAAGCUCAUCGCCUCGGUGGGCUACAUUGAGCGUCCGCUCUCGCCCGGCAAUCAAAUUGUUAUUGGACAGCAGCUGAAGCCGCUGGUCACCUACAAUGCGGACGGCCUGCUGCCGCUGGCCGAGAACGAUCCCAGCAAGGUCAACAUCAAGCGGGAGUACACCACAGAGGGCGUGGCCGGGCUGUUGAGCAGCAAGCCAGCAGCUGAGUCGCCGGAUGGAGCAGCUGCUGCUGGCGCAGAGCUGGAGCCAGACACAGCGGGCAGCGACAAUAUAUACCACAUCAUCUCCACCACAGAAGGACCCAACAGCAGCAGCAGCACCACCACCACGGAGCAGCAACUGAGCACAGAGGGAGUCAUGCACAUAAGCGAGGAGAGCUCCACGUAUUAUGGCAAUGCCACCAUGGAGCUGGAAUCGAGCACAGAGGGUUUGAUGGCCGCCAGCAGCAGCAGCGGCAGCAGCAGCGAGUCGCCCGCUUCGAGCACUGCGCAGCCCGUGCAUCACAUGGAUGAGGAUGAGGUGCCGCAGGUGGAAUCCAAUCCCGCCUAUCCCUCGCUGCCCGAGGAUGAUUUCAGUCUGCGCGAUGUUAACUUUCCGCUGUCCGAGCUGGACGAGAUUGUGGAGGCGGAGAACAAGGAUGAGCAGCGCAGCAUAAUCAGCCCCUUUGAGCGGGACAACAAACGUACAAAGCUCGUUACUGAGAACAGUUUGGAUGCCAGCGGCGGCGGCAGCGGCGCCGGCAGCGGCAGCGGUGACCUGGAACUCUUUCAGUCGUUCGGCUCCACAACGGAGAACAUGCUGGCGCAGGCGUCCAGUGUGGAAAAGGUCGCCAUGGCGGAGCAAGUGCCGCUGAUGUACAGCGCCGAGGACAGCUCCGCGGAGACACGCAUCCAGAACGUCAACGAGCUGGCCAAGAUCAGCGCCAGGCAGAGCGAGAACGAGACCAGCGGCGAGCUGGACACCGGCAGCGGCAGCGGCGAGCUACGGGAGCCAACAACGCCGCGUGCCAACACACGCGUCCAAGCACUGGACAUUGAUGAGCUGGGCUCGGGCGCUGGCCAGGCACAGGCACAGAGCACAGCCGAGGAUCCCAAGGCAGAUGCCGAGAGUCUCAAGCUGGAUGAGAGCCAGGAGCAGCAGUCGGACCGUGUGGCCAACACAAAUUCCGCUGGCAAGGCGUCGUCUCGGGCCGAGAAGAGUUUCGUGGAGGCGGAUCAGCAUCUGGAUCGUCUCUUUCUGCAGCGAAUAUACUGAAAGCAGGUAGCACAACAAAUUUAUUUUUGGUGUAUAUAUAUACUAUAACACAUAGCAGAGCUGUAAUUUUUUCAAUUACCAUAAACAAUUACCUAAACGAUUAAUUCAGUAAUUAAAAUCGAGAAGUGAAUUUGACAAGUUGCAAUUGCUUUAAUAAUUGUGACAACAACUAAGUAAACGCCAUGGUAAUUCAACUAUAAUUACCAAGUAAUUAAAAUUUAAGAAACGCAUUACUCAAGUAAUUGAAAUUCAUGAGUGUUUCGCUUUUCUAUUCACACUGAAGCGAUUGUUAAUUAACGAUUCCUAUGCUAACAGCUCGAUUGCAUCGAUUAUCGAUAGGCAGUUAUCGAUAUUAUUUUUCUAAAAUGCGAAAAGUCUUAAGUUUAAGUAGCAAGAAACGAAAGCAACAUUAUAAAAAAAACAAUAAAACUAAAACUUAUUAUAUUCACCGACUGCACAUUUAAUGCAAAUUAUUAAAACUUGAAUUUAUCUAGGAUUUAAGUACGCCUAAUAAUUAGCAACAAUUACAUAUACAACAGGAAAACAUAAAGCUGGGCUCCCCAAAUGCAAUAACUAUAUUUUUAUUAAAUUUUCACAAUGUGCACAUCGUGUGCAAAAAGAAAUGAAAUUUGCUUAGUUAUAGAAUUUAUUUAUUCAUAUAAAUAAAUAAAUUUAAAAAGUUUUUGUAAGUUAAGAAACACAUUAAAACCCCUAAAACAUUUCAUAAUGCCACGCCCACAAACCCACAUCAAGUGCCCACAAAAAUUGUCAUUGCACAAAAUUAUUAAACAUUUAUUUAACUUGUUUUAUUUACUAUGAAUUUAUUUAAUAUUUAAUUUAUUGCAUAAAACAAAAGUUUGAAAAAAGAACGAAUGGCAAAUGCUCUAGUGAUGUUUUUUUAAUGCAAAUUAUUUAGUCCUCUUCGAUUUGAAAAGCUUUUAAGUUUAGACUGAAUAUUGAAAGUUCUAAUUUAAAGUAAUUACUUUAAUUAAUAUUUAUAAACUAAAUA